AUGGACAUUGCGCUGCUCCGCAAGGAUGCCGACUUUUACUCGGUGCACUACAUGGCGCUUGCUUUCAAGAUGCCGAAUGAUGGCCUGUCUGAGCUGCCCUUCUCCAUGACUGCCGGCAACCAGUACUACAUUGAAGCGAUUUUGUACUAUCAUGGCUUGCCCAGCGGCCUCACCCGUCCCGCUGUCACGUUGGAAGUGUUUUCGACAAUCUAUGAUCCAAAGCUCACACCCGAGGUUGGAAACGCUCCCAUGGUGUUCUACCAUCCAGAGCGUGCACGCAUUGCUUUGGGUUGCUGGGCUGCUGCUGAACCCGAGUAUGCAACUCUGGCCUCGGCCCACCAACAGCUUGAAUUGGAGGCUUUUGCAGUAACUCGCGAGCCGAAAGAGGAUUUUUACGCCGCGCGCUUCGAGUCGAAUAGCCCGAUCGAGAUCUUUGAGACCUACUUUGUGACCUUGCGUCUCAUUGGCCUUGGUGGUGAUGGUGUGACGCGACACAACUUGACGGUUAUGACUGACAUUGGGUCUUGGCGGUGCUAUCCGCGCUCAGAGACUAUAUUAUGCGGCUUUUUUACCACCACAUUCAUUCCCGACUUGGACUCGCUUGAAUUGCUUGAAUUGGUCGACUCCCCAUUCCAGAUUUUGGCUGUGACUAUCAAUUCCGUACGCAACGCAAAGGUGCCAACAGUCACGUUUACCUUCCCCUCAGCGGCAACCAAUGGGCAGUCGCAGUCGUUUAUUUCAGGAUAUCACGCGUCAUCCUCCAAGACAACGAGCAUCUGCGUUAACAGUCCAUUCCACUUCAUCGACGCGGCGGCCGAUUUGGCGGCGGGUCGUUUCCGUGCUGCCAGCCUCAUCACAUACGGUUUUGAUCUUGCGACUCCUCGCGCUUCAGACCCGCUUGCUCUCUAUCCUUUGUCCAGUGCGGAUGAUGAGCGUCGCAGCCGCCGUAGCCGUCGUGAGGUUAAUUCACCCGAGUCGCAGUACCUCGUCGACCUGUCAAUUGCCGAGGACCAGCUGGAGUUUCUGGCAGUCGGCCGCGAGGCCAUCUGGCGCACAACUCCUUCGACCUCGCAGGUUGGCAAUGACACGCACAAUGAGCUCUAUACGGUUCCGGCUACGGAUGCACAGUAUGCCACAAGCAACAUUGGCAUGCCUGCCAUCAGUGCUUCUGGGUUGAAGCCCGUCUGGCGUGUUACCUUUGAUGCACCGGCUGUCGUACAUCGAGUCGAGCUCUCCAUUCCGACUGUGUACAUGGAUGAGCAUCCAGCGCACUACGCUGAGGUGUUUGAUAUUGUCCUGUACAAUUCUGCCGACCUGCCGCUUCGUUCGACUCGCGUCUUUGGCCAACGCACACACAUCUGGGCGAAUGUGGAUGCCACCCAGGCCGCUUACCUGGAGAUUCAGGGCGUCUCUGAUCGUGCUGUGCAGCUCGCACUUGAUCGCGUCCGUGUCAUUGGCGGCUUUGAGCGCGAUUGUCUCCCUCUUGUGUCGUUUGAUCUGGCAUAUCUUGCCAACGACAUUCGCUUGGCUGGCGAGGUGGUCCACGUCUCGAAUGCAUCACUGGGCGCUUCCGUUUUGGCCUCCAGUCCACAGAAUUACCUGGUGUACUCGGUGCUUUCUGACUGGCACCCAGCUAGUACGAGCUCACUGCCGCAGCUCAAUUCAGCCGCCAUCGCACAGCUCUACAUCACCAACAGCGACAACCAGCAGCAGGUUGUCACGGAUGCAUCCUUUGAGUCCGCACUCGAUGAUUUGGUGGCUUCGUGGCUGAAUGGUGAUCUUGCCAACAACGGACUCGCUCUCCGCCUCGACCUGGACCAAGUCGGUAAAGCGAGUUUCGACCGUGACGAGUUUACUCUGUCGUUCAACCUGCGACGCUUCCUUUGGCGUAACACUUCGUUGAGCGACUGUUCUGCGCGAUGCGGCGCAGGUGUUCAACAUGCAAUUAUUCAAUGCUAUGAGCGCACCCACAGCGACAACGGACAGCCUCAAUACAUUGUCGUGGACGAUUCGUUCUGUCGGUCCAGCAUUCGCCCGCCCGCAACAGUUGCAUGCGAUGCUUUCGAUUGUGACUACGAGUAUCGACAGCUCUGUGGCGAUUGUCUUUGCACUGAAACCUCGUGCCAGUUUUCCGAGGCGCGGCAAUCGACGCUUCAAUGCUUGCACAACGCUGGCAGUGGCGGCUCGGAAGUUCCAGUUUCGGCGUCUCUCUGUGAGAUGCACGGUCUCCAGAAGCCAAACUCCACAACCUGCCCGAGCUGCAACUGCACUUCUGGAUGUGAGCUCAAGUGGGAAGUGUCGACGUGGUCAUCCUGUGAACCUGCGUGCGGCGCUGGCACUCGCACUCGUAAUAUCACCUGUACUCGCCGCGAUCCAUCCCAUCCGCUGCAUUUCUGGCCCACUGCAACUCCAUCCGAAUGUGCACGUCUUUCUGAUCCUCCGAGUGCCCUCGAGUCGUGCUACUCGCGUGAUGGCUGCUCGAACGGCGAUGUCAACACAGGCCUCGAUCCAUCUGCUGCCGUUUGGCCAAUUCUCGCCGAGACCCGCAUCCUCGAACUCAACAGCACAAUCUCGCGUGUUGAAUCCUUGAUCCAACUAGGCGAGCCGCACCUCUCCGCCGAGUUGCUUGUUGCGCAGAUUGCUCGCGACACGCUGUCAGCGCGUUUCGAGAGCCAAGUUGUCGACUCACGCACAAGCAUGGACUUGGCCAAGCUGUCCGUCGAACUCGAGGUGGUCGAUCUGCAAAACGAGCUGUCUGCGUCCCACACUCGCCAAGAGUCCGAUCUGCCGACCAAAACGGUUGCUCUCGAGCAGCUGGAGCUGGACGCUCGUAUGGCAUCUGCACGAGCGACAAUCAACAUGCCUGGGAGUGGCGUGACGUCGUACAAGAACAUUGGCAUGCUCGGAUUCGGAUACCACAUCUUCAAGGGCAACCCUCUUCCGUCGUCCGGUGUCGAUCCCGGGUUCACCUUGCCUGUCCUCAAGGUGGAUUACUCGAUGCGUCGCAUGACCGCUGAUGGCAGCACGAUGCUUCCUGACCGCGUCGCCGUCAUUCCGUACGCUCCGCGCAGUUUGACAGUCGUUCCCACCUCUGCUCUCGUUGAAGGUGGAGGUGCCAAGUUUUCGGCGUCGAACGACUACAAGCAGGCCUCAGAGAUGCAUCAGUCGUCCGAAUCUGUUUCAAUCACCACCAUUGGCACCGUCUUGACAUAUGUGGCAGAGUUCCUGGAUGACACGCCUCCGCUCGCCGACCAUGUCAUUGAGAUGUUCAACGCGCUCCCGCCGCCCGCGUGCUGUGAUGGUCUUGUGCUUCCCUCGCACGCUGGAGUGAGCAAGGAUCGUUCGGCGUGCACCGCAAUCCAUGCAAACUGUGGCGACCUUUACCUUCGGUUUUUGGACAAGGUGGGGACCCACACCCUCAUCGGCGUCCACAUGGGCGGGAAGUCCAUUCGAGUGUACACCAUGGCACAAACCGAGUUUGAGUCGAGCGUGGAACAGUCGGAUGCCUUCAAGUCAUCACUGUCGCUUUCGUCUUCUGGAAUCGAGUCGAGCUCCAUCGACACGUCCUUGAGCAUCAACAAGCAAAGCUCCCUUAAGCAAGCCGUCAAGGAUCGCACCGAGUCCCGCCGCGAGACGUUCAUGGGUGGUGACGCAACCGCAGGCACAAGUGAUCCAGAAGACCCCACAAACAUGGACGGUGACAAAGAGUGGAGCACGACAGUGUCGAAGAAUCCAGUUCCGAUCAAGUACAAGUUGGUGCCCGUGCUGCAGGUGCUGGCUGUCGCGCGUUUGUCCAAUGGCACCAACCAGGAGCUUGUCGGCUUGAAGCUCGACCUUUUAACCCGUUUCUACCUGCAAGUGUGCGCAAGCACACCUGGUGCUGACUGCGAAGUCCCGGCCAAGGCAGACGAGGUGGGAGUGCACUUUGGCGACUAUGUCACCCUCUCUCAAGUCAUCUCGGCAAGCAAUCACAUGGUCAUGGCAGAAGACCCCAAGCAAGGCAGGCUGAUUGCUCGUCAGGUGCCAGCGUCGAACGAGGACGUGGCAGACACGCACAUGGACAUUGUCAACCUUCCUGAUGGCGUUGUCUGCUCGUCGUGUGGUGAUUCAAGCCGCUACUUUAAUGGAGAAGCUUGUACAAUGUGCAAGAAUCCACACACGACUUGUGCACCAGUCCAGCACGAGUCGUGGUCCGAGGUCAUCCGAUCUGCAAACCGUGAGAGCGACAAGGGACCGGCUGGCAUCUAUCAGGUCAAGGGCGUCUCUUUCGACCAGUGUAAGCAAGCGUGCAUGGAGCGUCCCUCAUGCAAGGCCGGCGUCUACUUGACCAAUGCAGCCCAUGUGGACCAAGUGGUCGAAUGUAACCUGUUCGGCGAUCACCCUGAGAACGCGUUUGUUCGGCGCGGUGGUGAGCAUGACGACAACUGGUACAUCUUCCAGCGCUGGGGUUGCUUCAGCGCACAGCAUCCAGACUUUUUCACUGGCUGGAGGGCCUACGGCGCCAGCUCCUUCCGAAAGCAGCCGGUCGUCGACGUGGGCCUCGAGCGAUUGCGCAUCAUUUCUCCGUCGAGCGUUACGACAGGCAUCUCUUCGCCAGUUACGUAUGGCCGUCUCUUCAUGCUCGCCACGUCGUCGGGACUGGUGGUGCGGUCGUUGCAGCGCGACUGGUUUGACAUUAAAGCAACGAACGAGCAGUUGAGCACACUGCCGCUUCGUUUCCGCUUUGUCAGUCGCACUGCGGCAACUGGCACUGUUGUCCACUAUGGAGACAAUGUUGCAAUUGAAGAGGUCAUUGUCACUGGCCAACUGAGUCCGUCCGACCAAGCAGCCUUGCUGCAACGAACGCGUUUCCAGCGGAUGGAGCCGCACUAUCUCACCAUCAACAGCGGCAAUGGGUUGGUUCCCAUCAGCCAGAAUAUGACUGUGCGCUCUCGUAUGCUGACAGAGAUUGGCGAUCUGGAAUGGACUGUUCACCUGUCUCGCAAUCCGACCAGCACGAGCCUCUCGUCCGUCACUCCGCUGUUGUCGUACAGCCGGCAAGGAGACGAUGUGCUGAGCCGCACGUUGCUGUUUUCUGCGACAGUUGACCUGCUCGAGAGUGCCGGCGUUGACGACUUGAACACGUUGCAAGCUCGCUUGACGUUUAACGAUCCCGUCACUCGCGACUCGCCAAUCGCCCAGUACCCAGGCCGCGACCGCCUCUCCACGAUCACCGAUGACGCCUUCCUGACCCGGCUCGAUUUUGUCGUGCAGCUGCUGCGUCCGACCACUGCCGGGCUUGCCUUACAUCUGGCUUCCAGCUCGGACGCAAUCCUGACGUCCGGAAAUGCAGGCAUUGCGCGAGAGGUGAAGAUUUCCUCGGUGCGUAUUUCAACCCGCGGUCGUUCCAGUACUGCCUACCAGUUUGUUAUCAAGCUCGCCGAGCCAGCCCAUGAUGGCGACGUGCUGAGCGUUUCUCUCAGUUCUCCAGAGCUGGUCAAGUCCACCAGCCAGGGUGUGUCUGUGGCUCCCGCUGACAACCAAGCCCUGUCCGAGCUUGUGCUUCCAGUUCGCUUCCAGCUGAGCAACAACUCGAGCAUUGUGUUCCAUUCCACUUCAAGCAACGGUGCCGAGACGACCGUGCCACUGACGUUUUCGACGGGUGUUGUGAAUGCCGAGCGUGACUUCCCCUCGGUCUCUGACUUUGUCGUGACGGACAGUUCUUCGCCGGCGCGUCUUUUGACGAUUGUUUCGGCGCAGUGCCAGGUUAUGAAUGGGACUGGAAACGCGCUGGUGUUGGACUCUGUUCGGCACGAGGCAGACGUUCAAUCGGGAUGCGUGCAUGUCCUUGUCGGAGUUGCGACCAGCGAUCGCAUGCACCUCACCUUGCCCUUGUACAUUGACGUCGUUCAGGCGCGUAUCCGUGCGGCCCAACGUGUCGAAUAUGCCGAGCGGCGCCGUGUGGCGUUUUAUGAUGAAUGA